GGGAGUGAGAGAAAGACAGAGUGAGGUAGACAGAAAGAGAAGGAGCGAGAGAAAGAGAGCGGGAGACAGAGGGAGCAAACUGAAUGGCGCAUCUAAGAGGAUAACUGCCUGUUUAUUCACUGUGUCUCUGACUCCUGCUCUCCCUCCUGUUCUCUCUUACACAUGCGCCUGCGCACACACUCUGAAAUACACUUUCAGACUCACACACACAUACAUGCUGACAGUCACCUGCAAAGCCACUGUGCUCAGGCUAGGAAAUGAGUAGGCUUAUAGUUGAGGAGAUGACUCUGAGGGGAAGAGAGUGAAACAGAGGGCACAGCAGGGAGGGAGAGAGAGAGAGAGAGAGAGAGAGAGAGAGAGAAGAGGAGGAGAGGGACAGAUGGAGUCCUUACUGAUGAUGCUAGGGAACGGAGGAACUGAGAACACCGAGCAGCAGUGAAAAAGAGAUGUGAAAGAAAUAAAGGGGAAUAAAUGGAGCGAUGUAAGAAUGGAACAAACAGAGCAUAGGAAAGAAGAGGAAGAAGCAUAUGAAAAAGAAGAGAGAUAGAGAUGGUGUGUGACUCCUCUGUUCAGUAUUCUGAAGGAUAUUCCCAGCAUCAUUUCACUUCUACCCAAACAGCCCACGACAGAGGGAGAGGAGGAAUGGUCCCAGGAGAGUAGGAAAAGGGACAACAGAUUAUCAGAGGACAGGUGUAAAGGAGCGAUAUAAGGAAUACAUGCAGUGGAGUUACUGGAACCUGGGCUAUCCUGUUAUCCAGCAAAAUGAGUGGAAGAUGAGUCACUGAGAAGAGGUAUCGGAAGAGAAAAAAAGAGAGAGAAAGAGAGAGAGAAAACGUGAGAAAGCAAAAGAGGAAUAUAGAACAUUAUGGGGAGUCACACAACGUUAUCCCACUCCUUAGCAAUCCAAUCUCCCUCCAGCCCCAUGGGACAAUAGUGAGUUGGAAAGGCAAGCCUGCAGAUUCAUUGAUGGGAAGGAUGGACAAAGUGUAUUCAGGGGAGUCAUGCCUAUUUGUCGGUAGGUACCGUGCCCCCGUCACGAUCUUCAGGGAUAUUAUUAAGACUAAGUUGGAGCUGACUGUACAGUAUCCAGGAGUCAUGCAACAGAACUGUGUGCCCCGUUCUCACACUCACCACUCUUUUCUGGGUCUUCACACUUAUUUAUUGUGAAAUGUCCUCUUUUAGAAGAAGAUUUUGUAUGAGGGAAAUCUGAGCCAUGCUUUAAGUUGGCACUUGCUCCCAUGUUUAACAUGCUGAUAUCAAUUAUACAUUUAAUGUGGCUAUAUAGAACAGAUCUAUAAGGAAAUCAGGACUCUAUGUGGACUAUUACCAUAAAUAAAUGAAGUUCUGUGGACUAUGAGAAUCCGGUUCACCCUGAAGACUUAUUUUAUGAAGUCCAGGAUACAGUUCUCUCUAUCUGUAGUUUGAGCAAAGUACAGACCACCUGGCUUUGGUUACAUCUCUCAGGAAGUCAGAUAUCCAGAGCAACACACACACACCUGAGGAAGGACUAGUCCAUUGGAGUGCUGCAGAAGGGGGAUGACAGGACAAACAGCACUGCAGUGUGACAGUUAUUUCCAAUCAUCUCCAUGAUCACUCAAACCAACAAGCUACAGCUGUCUCCCCAGAUCUGCUUGUUGAUGGCACUCCAGCUCAACAAAUCCGAUAAUACCGAUAAUCCAUUGUCAUAGAGAAUAAAUAAUAGUCAACAGACAAAUUGCAUUGAGCUAGAUAGAAUAUAAUUACUCUCUGAAAGAGGAUUUCAUCACAUCAAACGGCCUGCAGAGACUGUGGAUGUCGGGGGAAAGAACAAGACGCCACAGGAGACAUGGUGAGCAAAGAGACUAAUCACUUGGUCACUGGCCAACACACCAACAGCAAGACCACCGACAAGCUGCCUGGCACCAUGACAGUGCGCUCAGUGCUGCUGAACCGCGACUCGCCGGAUAUCGAGAGCCGCUUAAAGCGCCGCCGCAACCGCACCCAGCAGGUCCGCUUCAAAGACCUGGAGGAUGAACUAGGCAGCGGGACCACUGGAGCCAAGAGCUACCAGAGGACUGCCGCUGAGUGUGACAGCCCCCACCCCUUCCGGAAGAACAGCCCCACAAGCCCCAUGGCCCCCCAACAAUGGCUUACGGAGGCCUCGGUGGUGGGGGCAGUCCGAGGGGACAUGGCAGACACCAUUGAGGUGGUGGCGGCAUUUUUGGCUCGGGCGCCCCCUCACCCGCUAACUCCAGGGCCCACGCGCCGUUGCUGGGCACCACCACCAUCACCCCCACUGCCGUGCUCACUCACGCUGCCCCUCUCCCGGAGGCAGUGCACUAGCAUGGCCAUCCAGACCUCCCCACGCCUCCAGAAGCCCAAGCCCUCCGUGCUCUCAAAUGUCCGCAGCGUGGGGGACUCGGUGCGGGUGGAUGGGGACGACAAACAGGACAACGAACAUGAUGAGUACUACACUACCCACAACUACCUUUCAGAGCCUGCAUCCAGAGAUGGAAACGGCCCUGGGUUUAAGGCUAAGCAGGGAUUGGUGAACCAAACCCAGUGCCUCAGGACUAGUGAGGCUAACGCUAGCUCCCUUGCUGUUGGGAAUCACAUGGACUCUUCCUGGCAUAACUAUUCUUGUUUUUCCCCUCCUAAAUGCCAGGGGAGUGCAACUCCGUCCCAAGUGAGGAGGAGAAGGCACAUAUACAAUGCAAUCAGUGACCCAGGAAGGGAGGUGUCCUACUGUACCACUCCAACACAGACGGAGAGUCCCUGUGUCUCCCCUCCUAACACCCCACCUCCCUUAACAGUGCAGCCAUGCACCUGCCCACCUCCCUCGACUGUGGGACCAUACACCUCCUCACCUCCCUCGACUGUGGGACCCUCCACCUCCCCACUUCUCUCGACUGUGGGACCCUCCACCUCCCCACCUCCCUCGACUGUGCAGGCCUGCACCACCCAAGCAAAAGCUGACAGUCCCUCCACCUGCCCACCUCCCUCGACUGUGGGACCCUCCAUCUCCCUACCUCCCUCGACUGUGGGAACCUCCACCUCCCCACCUCCCUCAACUGUGGAACCCUCCACUUCCCCAUCUCCCUCAACUGUGCAGGCCUGCACUACCCAAACACAAACUGACAGACCCUCCACCUCCCCACCUCCCUCGACUGUGGGAUCCUCCACAUCCCCAUCUCCCUCUGCUGUGGGACCCUCCACCUACCCACCUCCCUUGUCUGUGCAGGCCUGCACCACCCAAACACAAACGGACUGUCCCUCCACCUUCCCACCUCCCUCGACUUUGAGACUCUCUAUCUCCUCACCUCCUACUGUGCCCUCCACCUCCCAAACUCAGACUGUGCUUCACUAUGCCUCCUUACCUAAAACUGUGCUAACCUCCACUCAUUCAUGUUGUGAAAUUCCCCCUCUGGUGGUUCUGCCUUCUGUGCUUCCUCCGACUGUGCUUCCAUCUAAAGCUCAAAGCACUCCACAUCACACUACACAAACUGAACCUGUUCCACCCUGUACCUCCCUGAUUCAAAUCAAACCAACAUGCACCACCACAACUACAACCAAAGCCUCAAUUCCAAAUUGGCCCACCCAAUCACCAACUCCAAUGAUAGAUCCGGACACAGACCCAAAUUGCCUCGACCAAAAACAAACUCAUGUUCUAGCCCCCUACACUGCCCAAUUUUCCCCCACUCCAACUCCAACGAUAGCCCCCUACUCAGCCCCAACAUUCUCCGCCACCCUGACUCCAACUCCAACGAUAGCCCCCUACUCAGCUCCAACUUUCUCCACCACCCCAACGAUAGCCCCCUACUCAGCCCAGACUUGUCACACCACCUCGACUCCAACUAUAGCCCCCUGCACCAUCCUAACACAAACUGCCCCACCCUGCUCCUCCUUAAAUAAAGCAGUAAUCUACUGCACCUCUCCACCUCCAACUGUGACAUUGUGCCACCCAACAACCCAAACCGUCCCUCCCUACAUCUCCUUAAUUCAGACCAUACCACCUGGGAACCCCCCAUGUCAGACCAUACCCCCUGGGAACGCUCCAUGUCAGACCAUACCCCCUGGGAACCCCCCAUGUCAGACCAUACCCCCUGGGAACCCCCAUGGAACCCCCAUGUCAGACCAUACCAUACCCCUGGGAACCCCCCAUGUCAGACCAUACCCCCUGGGAACCCCCAUGUCAGACCAUACCCCCUGGGAACCCCCAUGUCAGACCAUACCACCUGGGAACCCCCAUGUCAGACCAUACCACCGGGGAACCCACCAUGUCAGACCAUACCCCCUGGGAACCCACCAUGUCAGACCAUACCCCCUGGGAACCCCCCAUGUCAGACCAUACCACCUGGGAACCCACCAUGUCAGACCAUACCCCCUGGGAACCCCCAUGUCAGACCAUACCCCCUGGGAACCCCCCAUGUCAGACCAUACCCCCUGGGAACCCCCAUGUCAGACCAUACCACCUGGGAACCCACCAUGUCAGACCAUACCCCCUGGGAACCCCCAUGUCAGACCAUACCCCCUGGGAACCCCCAUGUCAGACCAUACCCCCUGGGAACCCACCAUGUCAGACCAUACCCCCUGGGAACGCUCCAUGUCAGACCAUACCCCCUGGGAACCCCCCAUACCAUACCACCUGGGAACCCCCCAUGUCAGACCAUACCACCCUUCUUCUCCCAACCUCCAGUAG